GCUACCGAGGUACUUUUUACCAUUUUCAAAGACCAUCCAAAACCUCCAGCUGUUCUCUUGUCCCAUUGAUUUUACUCACCCUCGUACAGUACACUCAACUUCCAGCUAGCUAGCUAUAAAUGUUACCUCUUACUCACACACUUGCUUCAAUAUACUCAAGUACAGUAAAACCUUUGCAGCUCUGAUCGCACAAGCUAGCCUGCCAAAGCAAAGAUGAAGCUCUUCUUUGCCACCCUUCUGCUUUGUUCUCUUCUCCUAUGCUCCUCUUUCUUGGAGCCUGUCAUGGCUUAUUCAGAAUUUUGCACGAAGAAGUGCUCAGACAGGUGCUCAAAAGCAGGGGUGCAGGAUCGGUGCAUGAAGUACUGCGGGAUAUGCUGUGAGGAGUGCAAGUGUGUUCCCUCUGGGACUUAUGGGAACAAGCAUGAGUGCCCUUGCUACAGAGACAAGAAGAAUGCCAAGGGCAAGCCCAAGUGCCCUUGAAUGAAAUUAAUGGAUCUCUUGGAGUAAUUAAAAGAUACUUAGCGUUAAAUUAGUCUCUGUUCAGUACUGGGAUUAGCUACUUCUGCUUAAAUAAAUAAAUUGUAGCAUGGCUGCCUUUUUCUCUAGUUCGUGAGAAGCUGGAACCAUGUGUUUAUUAAUUCUCGAUUAACGUGGAGAUGUGUAUGGAAUGUAUCAUUUCUCAAAUAAAUGUCUUUUUCAUUA